CUGAUUGGCUACAGUCAGUUACUGUAAAUCUAUAAAAUGCACCUGUGCUUCUGAUAAAAUGGCCAGUGAUUGUAGGGACAAGGUAUGUAUAUCUAAUAUACUUGCAACACAGUGAUUCAUAUUAAGAAAUUCUAGCUUGGGCUUCUUAAGCAAAAAUAUAGUGAAAAAACUGGAGUUACAAUUAACAGAUACAGAGAAAAAGUAGACCACCACAACUGUCACCAACAGAUAAAAAGUACUUACCUUUCAUCUUUGAGAGAGAGGAGAAAAUCAAGCUCCAUUCUUACUUCAGAUCUGAAAAGAUCCACACGUAUUUCUGUCCAUCCUUACACUGUAAGAAGACAACUCAGCACUAUAAGUCUGAAAUAAAAGUAGUAAUAAAAGCUGUAGUGAAGACAACGCAUGGACAUGAAACUUUGAUAUAAUAUUUAGUUGUUAUAUUAAGUUGUGUAAUUUUCUGUUAAAUAUAUGAGUUUAAAAAUAUCCUUUGUCUUGAUGUUUAAAAAUGAAUAGCUUGAGAGGAAAUUAAACAAUGACAUGUGUCCUGUGACUUUUGCACAGUACUGUGUGCAGUUAAGGGCAUUUUUGUAAAAGGAAAUGCAGAGUGAUCGAGACUGAUGCACUGCACUACUUAAACUCCUCUUUCUCUCUGAGCAGAACUCACUCGCUCUGCUCUGCUCCAUGGUGUUCACCUGCCUGCUUCUGUUCGCUGCUCUGCUGCCAUGUCUGAGCCAUUCUGCCAGCGUUAGUGUUGGCAUAGUGAAUGGCACAGAGGCUGAACCUCACUCCAGACCCUACAUGGUUUCUCUUCAGGAAAAUGGGAAACACCACUGUGGUGGCUUUCUUGUGUCUGAAUCCUUUGUCAUGUCGGCUGCGCACUGCUGGAACAAUGGGAUGAAUCUGACAGUGGUGAUUGGUGCUCAUGAUCUGGACAACUGUAACUAUUACCGCAUACCAGUGAAGUUCUACCAUGUCUAUCCUGGUUACAGGCGUCUUUACAAUGACAUCAUGCUCCUGGAGCUUGAAAAACCAGCCCAAAGGAGCAAAACUGUUGAGUGGAUCUCCAUCCCCAAAACAAAUAAGGAUGUCGAGGCCAAUACUAUUUGCAGCAUAGCUGGUUGGGGAAAAAAUUCAUCUGAAGGCCCUUCAAGUUCCCGUCUUCUGGAGGCAGACGUCAGCGUCAUAGAAACAAAAAAAUGCAAAAGUGACUGGGGACAAUAUUUCUCAGAAUCAAGUAUGCUGUGCGCAGGUUCCGGCCGUGGAUUUUGUAGGGGAGGUGCCGGAGGUCCUUUGGUGUGUAAUAAUAUCGCAGUCGGCAUCAUGUCUUUCCAUGAAAGUGGGAACUGUGACAAACCGACAGUGCCAAACGUCUACACGAAGAUAUCGCAAUUUCUUCCCUGGAUCAAGGAAAUCAUCAAUGACACAAUGAAACAAUCAAUAAACAAAAUGUUUUCUUUUUGCAUUCCCUAAUUUUUUUCUUUUGCUUUUUUUUUAUUUGAGCUGUGCU